UCUCUUUCUGAAAUAGGAAGCAGAGUUAGAGAGGAUCAAAUACACGUUUGGAUGGAUAAACUCGUGUGUGGAGCUUGAAUUUUCCAAGAUAAUCAAUGCUUAAUACACACAGUGAGUAGCACCUGUUUGUAUGAGGUAUUGCUGAUGGCAUCCCUGCAUGAAGAUGAAGACGUGAAAAAGUGCAAGCCAAAAAACCCAAAGGUUAACAUGACUUGUCCUGGUACUUUCACUGAUGGGGUGAAAGUGGUUGUCCAAGCAGUGCUCUUUCUUGUGAGAUUUUCCCCCUCUUCUCCUUGCCUUAUCCACCUCACCUCCUCCAAACCCCGUGCCAAAUGAGCAGAGAUCUCACGUUGUGCAUGAAGAGCACUGCUGCGUGGAUCCAUCUCCUGGACAGAUCCACAAGGGCUGUAAUUGAAAUACAAGAUGGCAAGAACCAGCCACAGCAACUACGUCCUUCAGCAGCUAAACAACCAAAGAGAGUGGGGCUUUUUGUGUGACUGCUGUAUUGCUAUCGAUGAUAUUUAUUUUCAAGCACAUAAAGCAGUCCUUGCUGCAUGCAGCUCCUAUUUUAGAAUGUUUUUUAUGAACCAUCAACACACUACAGCCCAGCUGAAUCUAAGCAACAUGAAGAUUAGCGCUGAAUGCUUUGAUCUUAUUUUACAGUUCAUGUAUUUAGGAAAAAUUAUGACCGCCCCUGCCAAUUUUGAGCAAUUUAAAGUGGCCAUGAACUAUUUACAGCUCUAUAAUGUACCCGAGUGUCUGGAAGAUAUACAGGAUACAGAUUCAUCUAGUCUAAAAUGCUCUUCUUCUGCUUCCAGCACCCAGAACAGUAAAAUGAUAUUUGGUGUGCGAAUGUACGAAGACACGCUUGCUCGAAAUGGCAGCGAAACAAACAGGUGGGGCAUGGAGCCGCCAAGUUCAACAGUAAAUACAUCCCAUAACAAAGAGCCCGAUGAAGAAGCUUUGCAGCUCAGCAGUUUCCCCGAACAACUGUUUGAUGUCUGCAAAAAAAGCACCACGUCCAAAUACUCUCACACAAAAGAGCGUGUGUCUCACUCACGCCGCUUCGGAAGAAGCUUCACCUGCGACAGCUGCGGGUUUAGUUUUAGCUGUGAAAAGUUACUGGAUGAGCACGUGUUGUCGUGCACCAACAGGCAUUCGUACCAAAGUGCCAGAUACUACGGUGCUGAAAAAAUAGACUUUAAUGAAAAGGACUCUGCUUCUAAAAUAAUCUCUACGCAAACAGAAAAAUACAAAGGGGAUUCCAGCCAAGUUGUCGAUGAGUCGUCUUCUCCCGUGUCCAACAUUACAAGCAGGAAAAGCAGCACGGUGGCAUCCGAAACGUCAGGUGAAGAAGGAAGUCGAGCCUCUGAGAGGAAGAGGAUUGUCAUCAAGAUGGAACCAGAGGACAGUCCUGCAGACGAGCUGAAAGAUUAUAAUAUUAUCAAGGUGACAGAUAAAGACUGCAACGAGUCUUCUGAUAACGAUGACCUAGAUGAUGAGCAGGAAGAGCCACUUUACAGGUACUAUGUUGAGGAAGAGAUGAGAGAGAAGAGAAAUGCUCGGAAGACUUUAAAACCCCGUUUAUCCAUGGAUGAGGACGAAAGAAGGUGUUUAAAGAGUCCGCGGCACCUUAACAGGAAAGCUCCCUCCGUCCAGGAAGAUGUGGAGAACGCUCCCUGUGAACUUUGUGGGCUAACAAUCACCGAGGAGGAUUUGUCCUCUCAUUAUUUAUCCAAACACAUAGAAAAUAUAUGUGCCUGUGGCAAGUGUGGUCAAAUACUGGUCAAGGGCAAACAGUUACAGGAUCAUGCACAGACCUGUGGAGAACCCCAGGACCUGACCAUGAAUGGUAUCAGAAAUUCCGAGGAAAAAAUGGACUUGGAAGAAAACCCCGAGGAGCAGUCGGAAAUAAGGGACAUGAUGUUUGCAGACAUGCUGGAAGACUUCAGGGACAGUCAUUUCCAAAUGAACAGCCUUCAAAAAAAACAGUUAUAUAAGCAUUCUGCCUGUCCUUUCCGAUGUCCUAAUUGCGGGCAGCGUUUUGAAACUGAAAACCUAGUGGUUGAACAUAUGUCCAACUGCCUGGAGCAAGAUCUGUUCAAGAAUUCCAUGAUGGAAGAGAAUGAAAGAGAUCACAGACGUAAGCAUUUCUGCAAUCUUUGUGGGAAAGGAUUUUAUCAGCGUUGUCACUUGAGGGAACACUAUACUGUUCAUACCAAGGAAAAACAGUUUGUUUGUCAGACAUGUGGGAAGCAGUUCUUAAGAGAGCGCCAGUUGCGGCUCCACAAUGAUAUGCACAAAGGAAUGGCCAGGUAUGUCUGUUCCAUUUGUGAUCAAGGAAACUUCAGAAAACAUGACCAUGUACGGCAUAUGAUAUCUCACUUAUCAGCUGGAGAGACUAUAUGCCAGGUCUGCUUUCAGAUAUUCCCAAAUAAUGAGCAACUGGAGCAGCACAUGGAUGUUCAUCUGUAUACAUGUGGAGUAUGUGGAGCAAAAUUUAAUUUGAGAAAAGAUAUGAGAUCUCACUAUAAUGCCAAGCAUUUGAAAAGAACAUAAGCAUAAUCAUACUGUUAAAGCAUUAAGUUGGCAGCAGAGAGAACACCAAAGCAAGGCAUACAGUAUAGUAGACAAAAAUUAAAAAGAAAAAAAAAAAAUUGAAAACAAGUCUUUUUUAUUAUUAUUUUUUUUAAGACCCUCUUAAUCAUAGGUGUCUAGGCUCAUUAAGUAUAUAGCUUUGAAAAGCUUCAUGUGUUUAAUUAUUACAUUUUCACUGUUUCCUAAUAUCAGUUUCUGUUCUUAAUUUUAUUGUUUUACUAAGUAGAUAUACAAAUCAUUAUUUUUAAACUGUAGAUUAAAAGCACAAUGUUACCCCUUCACUGACUGCUAUUAAACAGUUCUCGGAUCCAUGUCCGUAAGAUGAGUGCUUUAAUAUUUCCAUGUGUUGUUUCUUCAUGUGAAAAUUUUAGAUCACAGCAAUUAAUAUGCAAGAGCAUAAUUGUUCGUAAUCCCAAAAUUAAUUUUCAAAAUGAAAAAAAACCAAUGCCAAGAAAUAAUCCUUUGCUGUCUGACUGCUAUAAGGGCAGAACCGAUGCUCAGCUUCUUGGCUAUGUUGAAAUUCGCAUCCAGUGGUCAGAGCACAUAGGCUCAGCUAAACCUUGCAGAAUUGGACUGGUGUGCGCAAAGGGAAAGGGAGUUACUGACUGUCGUGGUAACUGAGGAGUUUCCAGCAGAGUGGUCAUUUUCCAGACUUGAAAUUUUAGCAGAACUGUAAUGGGCGCUUCUGCCGUAUGACUGACAUUGGCCUUUUGCUGGCAGUCCUUAUCCACGUGGGUCUGUAUAACCUGCUUAUGAUAAUAUACAAGGAAGGACUUGCUGUGGUGGAUUGCUAGGAACGCAGAAUUGCAAUGUGCGUUGAAGACUUCAUUUCUCAGCUUAGCUGUAAAUGGGUGCCUUGUUGCUUUUGUUGGGAAGUUAAAAGUGGGAUGGGUGUGUAGAUAGUCCCAUUGCUUGGGUGGGAGGGGAAGGGGGAGUGUGGCUCAUGUCAACCUUAGAUUUUUUGUUUCUUGUUUUCAUGAUACUUUCUGAAUGUUCUGUUUUUCAACAAGAAUAUAACAAGAAAAGACUGCAGAGUUUGUUUAAUAAAUGUAAAGACAUUUAAUGCCUUUAAAGAUUUCUUUCUGAUUCUAGUAUAGCCCUCAUCUGUGUAGCUUGUCUCUUAAUUUAACUCAAUUUAAAAAUACUGCUAAGUACCACCUGACAUCAAUUCAGUGGGGCAGUUUGGCCUUGGAGAGAACAACUGGCUUUGACUCAAAGGCACCAGCUGUCUAAAUGUUAAGUAUAUGGUUUUUAAUGGGGGGUAGUAGGAUCCUAAUACGAAAUGGUAGAAGGAACUAUUACAAAAUAAAGGCUAGUUGUACUUUCUCCCAGCAGAUCUCACUUUACCAACCAGGGUAGUAAUGUGGCCUCCUACUGAGCCAUGGAGAAGGAAGUGAUUUCGACCAGCUUGCGUGUCAGUGGUGGGGCUGAGAGCAGGAGCCAGGAGCUGAUCCCUUGUUUCUCAGGAAUUAACGGAGUGUUGAGCUUCAGAAGACUGUUUAGAUAAAUUCAAACAGUUCAGAAUCUCCUCUAUAUCUAUCUAUAUCAAACUGAGUACCAAUAGUCUUGUUUUGAAUUCAGUUUUAAAUGUGAAUCAGAAUUUCUCUUGUUGGUUCAGCAUGCAUUUCCUCUAAGACAGGGGAGUGGGGAAGGGCCCAGCCAUGGGCUGCAGGCCUGAGCUCGCUGCUGGCUCUCAGGUGCUGCUUCAGUUGCAGCGUGGGUCUACAGUAUUUUGCUGGAACUGCUCAGUCUUAAGUUUUCUUGGAGGUGCUGAAGUCAGCUGGAUCCCUAACAGCACUGGGACUAAAAGUUCUGCUGAUGUUAAUGCACUCCAGCUCUUGAGUUAAUUCCAAGCUUCUCUAUUACUAGAAUUUUGUUACACGCUUCCUAUCCCAAACUGGACUGAAGCUCACUGUGUAAGAGUUCAAAGAAUAACCAGGAUAGCUAUUGUAGCAUUCUCAGUGCUGGAUUCAGUGGUAGAAGGUGAUUAGAAGGAUCCAUAAAGUAUUUGACCACCAAGUUAAGCACUUGCUGUGGUAGAAGGACUGGGGGCUAAUACACUGCACACAAUUUCUCUGACAUUCAGAUUCUCACUUAAGAUAUCAGCUAUGACUGAACUGGGAAAAGCAGCUGAGAGAACUGAGGAGAGCUAGAGGGUGCUGGGGAGUUGACUGAAGAGCCUCGUGGUACAGGGUGAGCUGGAGGAGUGGCAGAUGGGGGAAAGCAAAGGCUGGAAGCUUCAGGCAGAGAGACAGACAGAAUCAGAGCUGUGCAAAGGGAAGCAGAGGGGAAAACAUCCCAAAAGUAGCACACAGUGGGAGCCUGGAUGAGUGGAUAAAGUCCUGCAGAUGCCUGUGAGACCAGAGUGAGUGUGACUUAGCUUGGCUGGGAGAGCUCUCAACACAUGUGAUUAGCUCACUGUGUCACAAAUUAAUAGUGCAGAUGGUGUUCUUGCACUAGAAGGAGAGCAUGGCACUGGAAUGAAUAGUUAAAGAUCUUGUUGAAAAGGAGGAGGUGACUUGUGCAAACUAAAAGAUCAUUCUGGAAUACAGGGAAAGGCUAACGGUAAUUUAGAAACGCUUCUGGUCAAGAGCCACUCUUUAAGGUGUCUUGGUCUGAACUUGACCCACAAGUGAUUCACCAAAAGAACAACCAAAAUAACUUCCUAGCAUGAGUAGACCUGUCAACUACAAAAGUUAAAUUUAGGAAUUGUGAAUGGUGGUAUUUAUGUGAACUAUCUAGCUUUACAAACACUCUGUAAUCCCUUUGUUUUUCAAUUACAGGCUGUAAUGUAGUAUCCUUUCAAGGAAAGCUUGUUGUUCUUACUGAACUUGAAUGAAUUCUUUUUCUCAUUCUUACAGAACAAAAGCAGUGCCUUGUUGUUCACAGGUUUGAAUAUCCAGAAUAAGGCUCAAAAAGUGCAUGGAAUGCACUGCAGGAAAGCUUAGAGUGGAUCUACUUGUAUUUAAUCAGAGAAUAACAGAAUGACUUAAAUAGCCCAACAGGUGACUGGGGAGUAUAGGAGAACAAAUCAAAGAUAUGGAAGCAAAAACAAGAUGCCUUGCUUGCAAAUAGAUGCAGUAGAGAAUGUUUAUGGUAAUGUGAAAGUAUGCAGAGAAGAAGGGGUGGGUGCCAUGCUCUUGAGGACAGAAUGGGACAAUGUCCAUGGGGAUGUGAAGUGGUGAUAUUUCAGCCUUCCUACUGUGAGAAAAAGUUCUCUCUGCGGAAACAGAACAAAAGCACAUCUGACAAAAAACCAAUUGCAGUUAUGAUAUCCUAGAAGUCUUACUGUUACUUGAAAGAUAAUGAAGGGGAAGCAAAAACACUUAAGUCAGAAUUCUGUUUCCUUUAAGAAAUUUGUACUUCUUGGUCAUGUUAACAUAGUUCCUUUCUAUUCCCUUCCUGCACUGUUUGGAGAUUUAGCAUAUAAGACCCUUGAAAAACUUAAGGAUCUUUAUGGUUGAACAUGCAUAUGCAUUGCAUUGGACAAAACAUAGCCAGAAAGAAAUGAUGACACUAUUUUAAAAGUGUUUUGCUAUUUUUAUUUUUAGAGGAUCUCUCUCUGUUCUGCUUUUUUCCUCAUUUUGGCAGUGGUGUGAGUGGCAGCCCUAAGAAUUGUUAGCAGCUAACCUAGAUAUUAGCUUUCUGGAUUAUUGCAACUUAAAAAGAGAGACUUCAUAAAGACCUGAAAUGAGCUUUAAGAUAUAACAAAAGCUGUCAAACUUCUUCAGUAUCAAAGGAGAUAUCCAAGUAUUUAAGUGUGUGUCUGUGUGUGUGUAUUUGUAAAUACUUAUUGGCAACUUGCUAAUUCAAAGAAUAUUUACAUUUGUGUAUAACAGUAUUUGUAGCUACCAGGUCCAUGAAGGAAUCUUGAUUUGAAUAGAAUAUCACAGAAUUCUAAGAAUUUGUACUUUUACUAGGGGACUGUGCUAUUUAAUAUAUUCAAUUAAUAGAGGAAAAAAAUAGAAUUCAGAGUAUUUUUUUUUUUAAUUGAAAGCCUAAAGACUGAAAGUCUACUGUCCUGGAGAAUAUAUUAAAAUGAUUUGGUUAUAAAAGA